AUGGCAGCUGUAAUCGGUGACUACGUCUCUGAUCCCUCCCGUUUCCAUACCAUGAUUGCCAACCCGGGCAUUCAACACCAACACUCGCACGAUUCCCACUAUCGAUCUUCGAGUCGGUCAAGAGACGUCCCUACCCACCAACCGUCUGCGAGCCCGAGAUACCAACACUCUACGAGUACCCCUCCGCGCCAAAAGCGCUCCGAACAGGACUCGAACGAGAAGCCCGCGCCGCCUAGCGCAGGUGCCUCUCGCUUCCCCUCGCCCCCAUCAUCUUCUUCGCCAACAGGUGUCAGGCCUCAGCAUGCUGAUAGCCCCGCAUACAUGGCAACCGAUUCUCGUGACGCUGGCCAUGCUGGGUCCGUAGUCGCCUCCGAACAGGCCCACCCCGCCCCUGGCCAGGAGCAACAACAACAGCAGCCUUCGCCCGCGUCCGAUGGAAACGGUGUUGCUGGCGCCACGACUUCAUACCCCCUCUCUGAUACCUCAUCCCCCGUGCAGCAAUCGCAGGGCCAGACAAUCCACAUCCGCGACUUGGCCCAUAUCCAGAGUCUUGCCAAGGCCGACCUAUUGUCAGGAAAUGGACCGGGGAUAUUGAACGAUCCGCCAUUGCAGGCGAUGAAGUACGAGAUCAGUGCCAUGCCUAUCGGCGACAUUAUUGAGAUGGUCGCUGCUCUCCUCACCAAGAUCACAACCACCAACGACCUACAGCAUGAUGCCAUGCAGCGCAACGUUGCGCAUCAGCAGCAGGCAAGCCAGAAUAACGAGUCAGGCAACGGCUCGCAAAUGAGCCCGUUGAGUACGUCUGUGCUUGCUUUCCAUGGCAAGAACAUCCCUGCUAUCACCAUCCUGAGUUACUUGUCCCGCAUUCACAAAUACUGCCCGACCACCUACGAGGUCUUUUUGAGUUUGCUAGUCUACUUUGACCGCAUGACGGAGCGAGUCAAUGAGAUGGUGGUCAAGCACGAGGAGGCGCGGAGGGUUUCCCCUUCAUUGCCAACUCCGAAGGCACAGCCGGCCGACGUCGAAAUGCGUGACGAGGACGACGAAACCGACUCGGAUCUUGCCGACGAUGACGAUGCAGACGAACAGAACACAAAGACGAGCGAGAGUACCGGUAGCAUCGUGCCUCAGCCGACACCUCCUGGCGCGCCCCCGGCUACGUACUUUGUUGUCGACAGCUUCAACAUCCAUAGACUGGUCAUUGCGGGCGUAACUUGCGCGAGCAAGUUCUUCUCGGACGUCUUCUACACAAACUCUAGAUACGCCAAGGUCGGUGGGCUUCCGUUAGCCGAACUCAACCAUCUCGAGCUCCAGUUCCUCCUGUUGAACGACUUCCGACUGGCGGUUCCUGUCGAAGAUCUCGAGGCAUACGCGACCAUGCUAGUCGAGUUCUACGCGCGGGAGGUGGUGGCUCAGCGAUCGCGUCCUGCUGCUGUUACCGGUGGUGAUUCCUAA